UAAAAUCAUAAAUCUAGAUCUAAUUUCUUUUACGAGAAUUUGUUAAAAUCGAUUCCGGAAAAAAAAACAACUCUUCCAUAGCUAUCAUCAUCAUGGAGGUCAAUAUCUGUCAUGCAACUUCAGGAAAGGCAUUGGCAACAAUUGGUGGGCUUUCACCAAAGUCAACAGUAUUAGACAUAAAGAAUGAAUUCUCUAAAAUUGAACCCAAGUACUAUCCAGACAGACAGGCUUUUAGACUUGAGCCACGUGGAAAAAUUCUCAAAGAAGUAGAAACACUGGAGGCUUUGAAUAUUAAACACCAUGGCAAAUUGUUUUUCAAAGAUUUGGGACCACAAGUGGGUUGGACCACGGUUUUCCUGACAGAGUAUGCAGGUCCUCUUGUUAUCUACCUCAUAUUUUACACCAGACCUAGUUUUAUCUAUGGAGAUGGUGCUUCCAGCCAGCCUUAUGCUGAUGUUGUCAACAUAGCUGCUGGUUGUUGGACAUUCCAUUAUGCCAAGAGAUUGUUGGAAACUUUGUUUGUUCAUAGGUUUUCUCAUGCCACCAUGCCCAUUUUAAAUAUUUUCAAGAACUCUACCUAUUACUGGGGUUUUACAGCACUAGUUGCCUACUUUGUGAAUCAUCCAUUGUACACACCGCCAACUAAUGGCAAUGCUCAGAUUUGGGCAGGACUUGGCACUUUUAUUUUUGCUGAGUUGGGCAAUUUUUCAGUUCAUGUUGCACUAAGGAAUCUUCGACCCCCUGGAACCAAAGAACGCCGUAUUCCAAAAGCUGAUUCUAAUCCAUUCAGUUGGCUGUUCAAUUUAGUCUCGUGUCCAAAUUACUUUUAUGAAGUUUUGGCAUGGGUAGGCUUUACUGUCAUGACACAGUGCCUGCCAGCUGGUCUGUUUUGUCUGGCUGGCUUUUAUCAAAUGGCUGUAUGGGCCAAAGCCAAACACAGAAAUUACCUGAAAGAAUUCAAAGAUUAUCCACGAAGUCGGACAGCAAUAGUUCCUUUCUUAUUGUAAAUGCUGUAAUAAUUCUACCUCCAAACAGAUCAAAGUUAAUAGGAGUUUGAUAUUUAAUAAGGGUGUAUGUCUACAAUUAUUAUAUUAAGUAUUGCCAUAAUUAACAAUAAGACUUGGUAAAAAAAUAUUUUUAUUCAACCUUUUCUUUCUUUGUUUACUUUAUUUCUUUCUUUACCUUUCUAUGAUGUUCAGAUUUUUAUAUUUUUUUUUACAAAAUAUCUUCUAAAAGGACAGUUUUUUUUUCCCCUACCAAGCCUAGGAGCAAAAAAAUUAAAAGUGCCACAAGAGCCAGCCAUUUCCCAAUUUUUUAUAGGGCAAUAUGCAAUAGGGGAUUGAGGUGGUAGAGUCAAAUCAAGCAAGUCAUUUCAACAUGAUGCACAAAACCCUGAACCAGCAAGCUAUCCCUAAUUUUCAUUUAUUGGAUUUUUUUUCAUACAUUCAGAGUUUUAUAUUUGUUACAUUUGUUAUUCUAUAAUUAGACAAUAAAUUUUUUUUUUAAUUAA